GCUCGGCUGUUCCGGAUCGGCCCCAGGACAUAAAUAGCGCCGGCGUCUCCCUCGUCCACUCUUCUCGUCGUCCAAGUCGGAGCCUCCCUCCUGCUCAUCACCCUCCCUCCCUCCGAUCUUCUAUCCACAUCUCAUACCGAUGCUCUUCAAGGCUACCACCGCCGCCUUGGCCCUCUUUGCCACUUCGGCUGCCGCCCAGUCCUGCUCUGGUUCGGCCUACACCUGUGUCAACUCUGGUGUCUCGGCCUCCUACACCAUCUGCCUCAAUGGCGGUCUCAUCACCAUGAGCUGCGGUGCCGGCACUGCCUGCUACCAGAACGGCGCCAGUGUCUACUGUGACUUCCCCGGCAAGGGCGUUACCACCACCACCACCACUACUACUACUACUCCCGCCAAGUCUAGCACCACCACCACCUCCACUAUCAACUCCACCAAGGGCCCUACCACCAAGAGCUCCGUGACCCCCUCUACCACCACCACCACCACCACCACCCCUGCCAAGUCCAGCACCACUACUACCACCACCACCACUACUACUACUACCACCACCACCAGCACCACCACCACCACCACCACCACUCCCUCCAAGACCACCACCACCACUUCGGCUGCUGCUUCCCCUACCAGCACCCUCCAGCCCUGCACCACCCUCUGGGACUCCACCAUCGACUACACCCAGGGCACCCAGGUCACCUACAACGGCCACCUCUACCAGGCCAACUACUACGCCGCUAAGGGUACCACCCCUGAUGGCACCAGCGGUGCUUGGAAGGACCUCGGUGCUUGCGAUGUCAACACCAUUCCCAGCUUCGUCCCCCGCCCCGCCCCCAACGCCAACGGCGGCAACGUCGGUGUUGUCGGCUAUUGGCCCGACUGGGGUAUCUACACCCGCUCCCAGAACAACCCCAACGCCAUCGACAUCUCCAAGGUUAACGCCCUGAACUACGCCUUCUUCGGUGUCAAGUCCGAUGGUACCCUCUACAGUUUCGACCCCUGGGCCGAUUUCGGUGGAAGCAGCGCCACUGCCCCCUGGUCCAUUGACCCCUACAGUGGCAAGACCAAGGGUAUUGCCAACUUCAUGGCUGCCCGCGCUGCCAACCCCAACCUCCGCACUGUCUUGACCGUCGGUGGCUGGUCGCUCUCUGGCACCUUCUCGGAUGUUGCUGCCAGCUCCACUGCCAUCAACAACUUUGCCACCCAGGUCGUUGCCUUCCUCGACCAGUUCUGGAUCGAUGGUCUCGAUCUCGAUUGGGAGUACCCCGGAGGUGGCGGUCUUCCCUGCAACCACGUCAACGCCAACGACGCUGCCAACUUUGUCAACCUCCUGGCUGCCCUUCGCCAGGCUCUUGGCCCCAACCGCAUCCUCUCGAUUGCUGCCUCGGCCGAGACCGACCGCUACACCGUCAACGGCGUCAACUACCUGACCCAGUAUGCCAAGUACCUUAGCUACAUCUCCGUCAUGACCUACGAUUUCUACGGUUCCUGGGUUCCCUACACCGACUUCAACUCUCCUCUUCAGCUCCCUGGUGCCAGCGACCCCCAGCGCCCUGCCGGCAACCUCCAGUUCGGCAACGUCCAGUUCUCGAUUGCCACCGCCAUGAACAACUUUGCCGCCGCCGGUGUUGCCAAGAACCAGCUUGUUGGUGGUGUUGCCUUCUACGGUCGCUCGUGGGGAAUUACUGCUGCUGAGGCUGCUGUUAACGGCGGUCUCUUCCAGGCUUGCAACAAGGCCGGCCAGGACCCCAACAACGCCACUGCCUGCCCCCCCAUCACUGGUGAUCAGCUCGAUGCUCUCUGGACCGAUCCUUGCGGCAGCUCCUAUGUCUCUGGUGUCUGGAUGUACACCAACCUCCGCUCCCAGGGUGUCCUCUCCACUCCCACCACCGCUGGCUCCGGCUGGACCCGCACCUGGUGGAACUUUGCCCAGAGCCCCACCAUCACCGACGGCAGCCGCUUCAUCUCCUACGAUGAUACUACCUCGAUCUCUGCCAAGACUGCUUGGAUCAAGUCCAACGGCUUCAGUGGCACCAUGUUCUGGGAGCUCUCUGAGGACUACAAGGGCGAGCUCCUCUCCAGCCUUACUUCUGCCUGGGGUAACUAAGCUUGGGACCGCUUGACGACCUUCAGCCCCC